UUACUGUCGCGAAACUCGACAGUUCAUGGCGAUUCGCGGUUCCGUGAAGAUCUGUCUAUCCGGAUCUGUCAGCGAUUCAUGCGAGUUUGACAACCAGCUGUGACCCUCGUAGACCUGUGCGUGUCUUAUUACACAACUGAAUAAUACCUCGAGCGGUUUAACGAUAAGAACACGCGAGAAGGAAAUUAGCUUCAACGAGCCACAAUUGCGGAUGAGCAUUUUAUCAAUUGCGCCAGAUUAAAUAUGCACAAAGAUGUUGAUUUCUUAGUUAACUUAAAUUUUAUUACACGUAUUUUGUUUUCUCGACGUCUGUUGUCGCAGUUGAAAUAAAUGUAGUUCGGCUGUUUUAAUUAAAUAUGUGUCACAAUGAAGAAGUUAUUAAUUUACUGAGGCUUGGUGGAUUAAUAAAAAAUGUCAGAAUCCAAAGACAAACAAGUCGAACAGUGCGACAUAGUUCUUCCAAGACAAGGUCUAUUAUAUGAAGAGAACACGUUGGAUUACAUACUCUGUAAACCAAAGUUGAUUCCAUUAAAAUCGGUCACUUUAGAGAAACUUGAGAAAAUGCAAAGGGAUGCGGAAAUCAAAGUCAAAGAAGCACAAGAGGCAGAAACCAGUCCCGAUAUAAAUGCAUAAGUAUCCAGUGAUAGUUUGAAAACUUGUAGAAAACUAUUCAUUAGAUUUCGUUUGAGA